AUGAACGCAUAUGCCGUAGAUACUAUUGAUAAUAGACGUAUAUUAUUUUUUGAACAAGAGUUGGGUAAUGAAGUUCGAUUUUAUCUUUAUUUCAUGAAUGUAUUUUUUGUAACAGAAUAUGCUCGUGGGUUAUCAUAUAAAAAAGAUAUGGUCGAAUACUUUUAUUCUGUAACAGACAAAAAACAAUCCUUGAAUGCUGGUGUACAUGAAAAUAAAAAUUAUCGUUUUGAACAUAAGCCCCUAUAUAAAAAAGAAAUGGCCGAGUUUGAUUUUUACACUCCUACUGCCGAAGAACAGGAGAUGAUCGACCAAUAUCUUGCAAGGACAGACGCUGAGUACCGUGCCAGGAAUCGUGCUAAUAUAGAUUCAUCUGUGAAAAGGUUUAACGCCGAACUCGUAGAGAAAUACGGUGCCGAGAACCUUAAUCCUGAAGACUUUCUUGUCAUUCCCGAAGAGGGUUAUCACGAUGGUUUGUUCGAAAAAUAUUUCAGAGCAUGUAUUGACAGAGUCGAAAAGAAAUUCCGAAAUAAACAAAUUCAUAUCAAUCGAGAGUCUGCGUUUUUACCUGUUGUCAUGAAUGAUGCUCUGCGAGAAAUGCUAGCUCGCCCCGACUAUUUGGAAUGUAUCGCUUCUUUCGUAGCAAGUAUUAAUGGAUAUUCUUCUGACACUAAAGGAGAAUCGAAACCUAAUACAACUGACCAUGUCAAUGGGGAUACUAAUAAUUUGUGUUCAUUGUCUCCAAGCGAGUCGUGGUCAAAAGGGAGGGAGAACAAAGAAGUGCCACAAUCAACGCAUUCACCUCGUGGACAACGCCCAGAAUUUGCCAAUAACCUGAAGUGUGAUGGUAACGAGCAUGCUAGCAUUUCUGUUAUUUCAUCCUUCACAGACUAUGCAAUAACCAGUAAUAUCUCUUCUUGCUGUCCACAUUCAUCGACUAUGAGAUGUGCCGUGGAGUCUCGUAGUUACCUGCAAGAAUUUCACCUAAAGGAAUUAGUACACUGUAAUGCAGAGCGCUUUUCACAAACGUUUGCACAUAAAGAUCCAUCUGGUUCACUUCGUGGGCAAAGCCCAGAACUUAUCAGUUACCGCCCUGACUACAACUCCACUCUUUCUUCUCACGUUAACCAUGAUGAUCCUGGGAUCACAAACUCUAGGCAGAGUCUAGUCCCGUGCUAUGUCCACGAAGUGAAAGGAGGAAAAAACUUGUCUUCGUACACAGAAUCGAUGGAUAAAAAUAGACAGAUAAUGGGGAUGAUGUCCAUGACGAGUGGAACGCAAGGAACAGGCACAUCGUGUGGUAUGGUACUAGCUAUUCAAGGAAAUAAUAAAAUAUUUGUUUACGAUAUGGGGAUAUAA